GUAGCAGCAUUAUCUCCAUCUCGAUCACAUCCUCUUAGUCAUCUCGUUGGACCCGCCCUUACCCUUGCUACAGUAUUACACGGAACUCCGGCGUGCGAGUUUUUCAUCCUGAGUUGCAUCCUACACUUAACUUAAGUCAGAAAUCGGCCCAGCAAGAACUCGACUGAUAACCUCAGCGCGCGAAACGACACGUGGUACCUCUUGGCGGUUCUACUAACCCCGAGGAAAAAAAAAAAGAUAAAAAAAGAAAAGAAAGAAAAACCAAUCUGAUUCUGCAACUAAAGAAGAUGGCGGACUUUUCCAGUCUCUCUGGUUACGCGAAGGGCUCGCUAGUUUUGAUUCUCUUAGGCUGUCUGUUGGAUGUGAUAGGUUUUGGUUCGCCAUACUGGAUCAGUGCGCCCGGGCAGCAUCAGGGGUUGUGGAAACUUUGUAUCUCAGAUAUUUGUUAUGAUCUUCUAAACGCCCGCCAGUAUCUUCCAGGCUGGCUGCGAGCGACCCAGUUCUUCGAGACAGUCGGGCUGAUUCUGAUCGGAGCCGCGGGCAUCCUGCUGAUCCUCACCAUCCUCGUUCAGAUGUUCAGAGACAAAAAAAUCUUCCCCAUCCUCAACGCAAUCCUCUGCUUCGCGGCGGCUGGUUGCAUCUUCGUGGGAGUGAUCAUCUACGGAACACAAGAUGGCUUCUCAUCCUACCUGAGCUGGGCGUUCGCGCUGUGCAUUGUGGGAGGAAUUCUCGUGGGCGUUGCAGGUGUGCUUCUCAUCGUGUCGGCAGUGGCCCGUGGCUAAGCAACAUCGGGAAAUUUCGUACCAAACGAAGUGUUUAUUCGUACAAUUCCGUUAUUUUUACGGAAAAUACCGAAAUAUUUACAAGGAAAAGUAAUUAAUUGUGGCAGCAUAAUAAAAAGUACUCGGUAAUUAUUUUCAUAAAAUAAAUAUCGUACUUUUAAUUUUUUUUAUUUGAAGUGCCCAACAAUUAGAUAAUAAUAAUAAUAAUAAUAAUAAUAAUAAUACAUUUUGACAUUAUUAAUUUAGUAACUAUUUUUAAUCUUGAUUUUAUUUGAAAUGUGAAUAAAUUAUUUUCGUGUUCUAGAUGGUAAUAAGAUUAGGGGUAGAGAAAUGGAGGCAUACUGAUUUACAAAAUAUAAAAAAUUAUGUUUUACAAUAUCAUUGCAAACUUGAAAUAGACCGUGGCUGUUUUAACGAAUCUUCAAAGCUGUAUUCUGAAUAUAGUGCUAUUUUUAUGCCUGUAAUUACUGACUGGGUGUUAAACACUAUGCAUAUUCCUUACAUAUAUUUACAUAAUUAUGCAACGUUUAAAGGUAUAUUUCACUUGUAGAAUUGAAUUUGUUGUAAUUUUUAUUUUUCUAUUUUUAAUACAUUUGUUUAUUAAUAUACCAUAACAUUAUAUAUACACAUGUAUUAGUUAUUUCUAUUGUCUGUUAUUGCAUAAUGCACCAAUAUAAGAGUGCAGACUUAGCUUGUGAUUAAAACGCAUUCUUCUGUA